CCUGUCUCAAAAAAAAAAAAAAAAAAAGACAUUUCUAAGAAAUGAAAUGAAAUACUAUUGCUGUUGCACUCAGUCUCUGUCUCUGAUUCACUGAUAGAAGAUUUUUGAAGAAAAAAGAUAAAAUCUUUGAAGAGUUCUAUACUUGGAAGGCAUAGUGACAUAAACACUUCUGAACAUCCUGUUCUCUGUGUGAAAGAAGUAAACUUCUAUACCCUUUGCAUUUGAGGGAAUAAUUGCUACUGGGUUGGUGGGCACACACAGUUGAAGAUAUGUGAACCACCGGACUUUGGCCUCUCAUACAAACUGCCUAAGAGAAGAGAUUAUUUAUACUGGUAUUAAUGCUCUGAUGAAAACAGGUCAUUUGACAUAAACACUUACUUGUUGAAAACCUAUAUCACUACAUCUAACUUUGUUUUCUAAAACUUUCAGUACUUCAAAUUCUACAUAUUUCUUUUCUCAUUACAAUGCAAACAUUUUAAUUUGCAACUGUAAUAUGUGUUCAGUUUAGUUUGUGAUUGCCUGCUUAAUCAUUUAAAUAGGUCCACUUAACUUGUAUCCCUAUAAGAUAAAGUAUGUUUUACACAAAAAGGUUCAUUAAGGCUCAGUAAAACUAUUCUAGAAGAGUACUUUAAAAACCUCUUACAUAAUCCUAAGCUAAAUAAAUUUAAUGAAUUAAGUAGUUAAAAUUAUAAAGCUUCAGAGUGAACUAUGUCAUGAAGAGUUUAUUUAAUAUAAUCUUGUAUGAAUGUAUGCUAAAUAAAAUUGGACUAUUUAAAUCACAAUUUUAAAUUAUAACACUUUUCUGAAUAUACCUAGACACUCAUAUGACCUAAAAUAAGUAUUAUUUACCUUUUAUUACAGUAUGUACAUUUCUGUUGGGAAAACGUGUUGCAAAUAUAUAUUUAACCAAACAUUAUUGUGAAAUAUUUACAAUAUUUUCACUCCACUUUGUCACACCUCCAGUAAGAAACCUACAUAUAGUAAAUUAUUUAAAGAUAGGAGUGGGGAAACCAAAGAAUCUAUGUAAAAUAUAAUAAUCCGACAGAAUGGAGUUUACUUUCCAGUCCAUGUAUAACUUGGGUGCAGUAACUUCUUAGGGCUCUGAGCGCCGCUGUUCACCUACUAGGAGAGAAAACGCAGCCAGGGCUCAAUCCGGAUUCUCAGGGCUUCAACUACACAAAGCCCGACAAACCGGCUGCUGGGCUGCAGGGAAGCUCACUCCAGAAUUUAAAGUGCUCAGGCUACAGAGACACCCUGAAGCCAUAGAAAGACAAAGGAACCGGUUUAAACACACAACGUGUCCAGUGAGGACUUUGCAGAAUUCUGUAACCAGACUACAAUGGCCGCUCAAAGGAAUCGCUCAAAGGAAUCAAAGGAUUGCAGUGAGCUGGUCUUGCUCUGCCUCUUCCUCGGGAUUCCAUGGGAGGCUGGAGCCCGGCAGAUCUCCUACUCAAUUCCUGAGGAAUUAGAGAAAGGCUCUUUCGUGGGCAACAUCUCCAAAGACUUGGGACUGGCGCCCGGAGAGCUGGCGGAGCGCGGAGUCCGCAUAGUCUCCAGAGGUAGGACGCAGCUUUUCUCUCUGGACCCGCGCAGCGGCAGCUUGGUCACCGCGGGCAGGAUAGACCGGGAGGAGCUCUGCGCUCAGAGCGCGCGGUGCCUGGUGAGUUUUAAUAUCCUUGUGGAAGAAAGGGUGAAACUUUUUGGGAUAGAAAUAGAAGUAACUGAUAUAAAUGACAAUGCUCCAAAAUUCCAAGCAGAAAAUCUAGACGUAAAAAUUAAUGAAAAUGUCGCCACGGGAAUGCGUUUUCCUCUCCCGGAAGCUAUUGAUCCGGAUGUGGGCGUGAACUCCCUGCAGAGCUAUCAGCUCAGCCCCAAUAGGCACUUCUCCCUAAGAGUUCAGAGCCGUGCCAAUGGCGUCAAGUACCCGGAGCUGGUACUGGAGCAUGCCCUAGAUCGCGAGGAAGAGGCCAUUCACCACCUGGUCCUCACCGCCUCCGACGGGGGUGACCCUCUCCGAUCUGGCACUGUCCUCGUCAGCGUGACUGUCUUCGAUACAAAUGACAACGCGCCGGUCUUCACCUUACCAGAAUACCGAGUGAGUGUUCCUGAGAAUUUGCCUGUGGGCACUCAGCUGCUGACAGUCACAGCCACCGACAGGGACGAAGGUGCCAAUGGAGAAGUGACAUAUUCAUUCCGAAAAUUACCUGAUACGCAAUUGUUGAAGUUCCAACUAAACAAAUAUACUGGAGAAAUAAAAAUAUCAGAAAAUCUAGAUUAUGAAGAAACUGGUUUCUAUGAAAUAGAAAUACAAGCAGAAGAUGGAGGAGCAUAUCUUGCAACUGCAAAAGUGUUGAUUACAGUAGAAGAUGUAAAUGACAACAGUCCAGAGGUAGCCAUCACGUCUCUAUUUAGUCCAGUGACUGAAGAUUCACCUCUGGGAACAGUCGUAGCCCUUUUAAACGUGCAUGAUUUAGACUCUGAGCAGAAUGGACGGGUAACCUGUUCCAUUUUGGCGUAUCUACCAUUUAAAUUAGAAAAGUCCAUUGAUAGUUAUUACAGAUUGGUGAUACACAGAGCCCUUGACAGGGAACAGGUAUCCUCUUACAAUAUCACAGUAACAGCCACAGAUGGGGGAAGUCCACCUCUAUCAACGGAAAUUCACUUUAUGCUACAAGUGGCAGAUAUCAAUGACAACCCACCUACCUUCUCUCAUGUAUCCUACUUUACCUAUAUCCCAGAGAACAACGCCAGGGGUGCCUCCAUCUUCUCAGUGACAGCGCUGGACCCGGACAGCAAAGAGAAUGCCCGGAUUAUUUACUCCCUGGCUGAAGACACCAUCCAGGGGGCACCUCUGUCCUCAUACAUAUCCAUCAACUCAGACACUGGCGUCCUGUAUGCACUCAGAUCCUUUGACUAUGAGCAAUUCCAUGAACUACAGAUGCAGGUGACAGCCAGCGACAGCGGGGAUCCUCCACUCAGCAGCAAUGUGUCGUUGAGCCUGUUUGUGCUGGACCAGAACGACAAUGCGCCCGAGAUCCUGUACCCCGCCCUCCCCACAGACGGUUCCACUGGCGUGGAGCUGGCGCCCCGCUCCGCAGAGCCCGGCUACCUGGUGACCAAGGUGGUGGCGGUGGACAGAGACUCGGGCCAGAACGCCUGGCUGUCCUACCGCCUGCUCAAGGCUAGCGAGCCGGGACUCUUCGCGGUGGGGCUGCACACCGGCGAGGUGCGCACGGCGCGGGCCCUGCUGGACAGAGACGCGCUCAAGCAAAGCCUCGUGGUGGCCGUCCAGGACCACGGCCAGCCCCCUCUCUCGGCCACCGUCACGCUCACCGUGGCCGUGGCCGACAGCAUCCCCGAAGUCCUGGCGGACCUCAGCAGCCUCGAGUCUCUGGCUAACUCUGGAACCUCAGACCUCACUCUGUACCUGGUGGUAGCGGUGGCUGCGGUCUCCUGUGUCUUCCUGGCCUUCGUCAUCGUGCUGCUGGCGCUCAGGCUGCGGCGCUGGCACAAGUCACGCCUGCUGCAGGCUUCAGGAGGCGGCUUGACAGGCGUGCCCGGCUCGCACUUUGUGGGCGUGGACGGGGUGCGGGCUUUCCUGCAGACCUAUUCCCACGAGGUCUCCCUCACCGCGGACUCGCGGAAGAGUCACUUGAUCUUCCCCCAGCCCAACUACGCUGACACGCUCAUCAGCCGGGAGAGCUGUGAGAAAAAGGAUCCUUUGUCUUUGUUAAAUGAUUCGAAGUUUCCUUUAGCGGAUACCCCAUUGGUUCCAGUGAGUUUUACUUUUAUUUUUACUCUUUUUCUGUUGUUAAAAAAGAUUGGUUUUACUUUUAAUGCACUUUCUCCAGCUGGAAAAGCGGGGACCCAGCGAGAACCCAAGCGAACGAUGGGAGGGAGCUGCGCGCAGAGGCGCCGGGCCGGCCCGCGGCAGGUACUAUUUCCCUUGCUGCUGCCUUUGUUCUACCCCGCGCUGUGUGAGCCGAUCCGCUACUCGAUUCCGGAGGAGCUGGCCAAGGGCUCGGUGGUGGGGAACCUCGCUAAGGAUCUAGGGCUCAGUGUCCUGGAUGUGUCGGCUCGCAAGCUGCGAGUUAGCGCGGAGAAGCUGCACUUCAGCGUAGACGCGGAGAGCGGGGACUUACUUGUGAAGGACCGAAUAGACCGUGAGCAAAUAUGCAAAGAGAGAAGAAGAUGUGAGUUGCAAUUGGAAGCUGUGGUGGAAAAUCCUUUAAAUAUUUUUCAUAUCAUUGUGGUGAUUGAGGAUAUUAAUGACCACGCCCCUCAAUUCCAGAAAGAUGAAAUAAACUUAGAAAUCAGUGAAUCUGUCAGCCCGGGGAUGGGAACAAUUCUUGAGUCUGCAGAAGAUCCUGAUAUUAGUAUGAAUUCGCUGAGCAAAUACCAACUAAGUCCUAACGAGUAUUUCUCAUUGGUGGAGAAAGACAAUCCUGAUGGUGGCAAAUAUCCAGAAUUAGUAUUGCAGAAGACUCUGGACCGAGAAACGCAGAGCGCUCACCACUUGGUACUGACUGCCUUAGAUGGUGGGGACCCUCCCCGAAGCGGUACUGCUCAGAUAAGAAUCCUGGUAAUAGAUGCCAAUGACAACCCCCCAGUGUUCAGCCAGGACGUGUACAGGGUCAGCCUACGGGAAGACGUGCCUCCAGGCACCUCCAUCCUGAGAGUGAAGGCCACUGACCAGGACGAGGGCAUCAACUCGGAGAUCACUUACUCCUUCCUUGGUGUGGCUGACAAAGCUCAGCACGUGUUCUCUCUGGAUUACGCUACAGGAAACAUUCUAACUCAGCAGCCUUUGGAUUUUGAAGAAGUGGAAAGAUAUACGAUGAACAUAGAGGCAAAAGACCGAGGAUCUCUCUCAACACGUUGUAAAGUAAUUAUAGAAGUUCUAGACGAAAAUGACAACAGCCCAGAAAUAAUCAUCACGUCACUCCCUGAUCAGAUUAUGGAGGAUUCCCCUCCAGGAGUGGUUGUUGCCCUCUUCAAAACACGGGACCGAGACUCAGGGGAAAAUGGGGAAGUCAGGUGUAGUUUAAGUAGAGGUGUUCCAUUUAAGAUUCAUUCUUCUUCUAAUAAUUACUACAAGCUAGUAACAGAUGGGGCCCUGGAUCGGGAGCAGACCCCAGAGUACAACGUCACCAUCGCAGCCACCGACAGGGGCAAGCCUCCACUCUCCUCCAGCAAAACCAUAACCCUGCACAUCACUGACGUCAACGACAACGCGCCCGUUUUCGGACAGUCCGCCUACCUGGUCCAUGUGCCAGAAAACAACCAGCCAGGUGCCUCCAUAGCGCAAGUCAGUGCCUCUGACCCAGACUUCGGGCCCAAUGGCCGUGUCUCCUACUCUCUCGUUGCCAGCGACCUGGAGUCACGAACGCUGUCGUCCUACGUGUCCGUGAGCGCGCAGAACGGGGUGGUGUUCGCGCAGCGCGCCUUUGACCACGAGCAGCUGCGCGCCUUCGAGCUCACGCUGCAGGCCUGCGACCAGGGCUCGCCCGCGCUCAGCGCCAAUGUGAGCCUGCGCGUGUUGGUGGGCGACCGUAACGACAACGCACCGCGGGUGCUGUACCCUGCGCUGGGUCCCGACGGCUCCGCGGUCUUCGACACAGUGCCGCGGGCCGCACAGCCAGGCUACCUGGUGACCAAGGUGGUGGCCGUGGACGCCGACUCGGGGCACAAUGCCUGGCUGUCCUACCACGUGGUGCAUGCCAGUGAGCCCGGGCUCUUCAGCCUGGGGCUGCGAACUGGCGAGGUGCGCAUGGCGCGUGCUUUGGGUGACAAGGACUCGGUCCGCCAGCGCCUGCUAGUCGCUGUAAGAGAUGGAGGACAGCCACCUCUUUCAGCCACUGCCAUGCUGCACCUGGUGUUCGCAGAUAGCUUGCAAGAGGUACUGCCGGAUUUCAGCGACCGUCCCACACCCUCUGACUCCCAGGCUGAGAUGCAGUUUUACCUGGUGGUGGCCUUGGCCUUGAUUUCUGUGCUCUUUCUACUCGCGGUGAUUCUAGCUAUCGCUCUACGCCUAAGACAGUCUUUCAGCCCUACUGCAGGGGGCUGCUUUGAGUCAGUUCUCUGCUCCAAGUCCGGACCUGUGGGUCCCCCCAGCUACAGUGAGGGAACGUUGCCCUAUGCCUAUAAUUUUUGUGUGCCUGGGGAUCAAAUGAAUCCUGAAUUUAAUUUCGUCACAUCUGUUGAUCAUUGUCCAGCCACACAAGAUAACUUCAACAAAGAUAGCUCUUCCAUGCUACUGGCUAGCAUUUUAACUCCUAGCUUGGAAGCAAAUAAGAUUCUUAAACAGCAAGCCCCGCCCAACACGGACUGGCGUUUCUCUCAGGCCCAGAGACCCGGCACCAGCGGCUCCCAAAAUGGCGAUGACACCGGCACCUGGCCCAACAACCAGUUUGACACAGAGAUGCUGCAAGCCAUGAUCUUGGCCUCCGCCAGUGAAGCCGCUGAUGGGAGCUCCACCCUGGGAGGCGGUGCCGGCACCAUGGGCUUGAGCGCCCGCUACGGACCCCAGUUCACCCUGCAGCAUGUGCCCGACUACCGCCAGAACGUCUACAUCCCAGGCAGCAAUGCCACACUGACCAAUGCAGCUGGCAAGCGGGAUGGCAAGGCCGCAGCAGGUGGCAAUGGCAACAAGAAGAAGUCGGGCAAGAAGGAGAAAAAGUAACAUGGAGGCCAGGCCAAGAGCCACAGGGCAGCCUCCCCCCAACCAGCCCAGCUUCUCCUUACCUGUACCCAGGCCUCAGAGUUUCAGGGCUCACCCCCAGAAUACUGGUAGGGGCCAAGGCCAUGCUCCCCUUGGGAAACAGAAACAAGUGCCCAGUCAACACCCAUCCCCUUACCCCCCGGGGGUUGAAUAUGCAAAGGGAGUUCUGCUGGGAACCCCCAUCCAAUCAAUUGCUGUACCCAUGGGGGUAGUGGGGUUAGUGUAGACACCAAGAACCAUUUGCCACACCCCAUUUAGUUAUAGCUGAACUCCUCCAUCUUCCAAAUCAAUCAGGCCCAUCCAUCCCAUGCCUCCCUCCUCCCCACCCAACUCCAACAGUUCCUCUCUCCUGAGUAAGUUGGUUGGGGUGUUGAAGUACCAGGUAACCUACAAGACUCCUAGUUCUGAAGAGUUGGAAGGGUAUCAUGACCUCUUGGCCUCUCCUUUGAUUCUCAAUCUUCCCCCAAAGCAUGGUUUGGUGCCAGCCCCUUCACCUCCUUCCAGAGCCUGAGAUCAAUGCUCAAGUUUUGGAGGACAUGGUCACCAUCCCCAUGGUACUGAUGCUUGCUGGAUUUAGGGAGGGCAUUUUGCUACCAAGGCUCUUCCCAACGCCCUGGGGACCAGUCUUCUGUUUUGUUUUUCAUUGUUCGACGUUCCCACUGCAUGCUGUGACUUCCCCCGCCUCCUCCUCAAACAAGAGACUCCACUGCAUGUUCCAAGACAGUAUGGGGUGUAAGAUAAAGAAGGGAAGUGUGUGGAUGUGGAUGGUGGGGGCAUGGACAAAGCUUGACACAUCAAGUUAUCAAGGCCUUGGAGGAGGCUCUGUAUGUCCUCAGGGGACUGACAACAUCCUCCAAAUUCCAGCCAUAAACCAAGAACUAGGCUGGAUCCUUCCCACUACAUAAUAGGGCUCAGCCCAGGCAGCCACCUUUGGGCUGAGCUACCAGGACCAAUGGGUUAAACUGGCAUUUCAGUCCAAGGAAGCUCAAAGCAGGUUUAGGACCAGGUCCCCUGGAGAGGUCAGAGGGGCCUCUGUGGGUGCUGGGUACUCCAGAGGUGCCACUGGUGGAAGGGUCAGUGGAGCCCCAGCAGGAAGGGCGGGCCAGCCAGGCCAUUCUUGUCCCUGGGUUGGGGAGGCAAGGAGCUAGGGCAGGGACCAAAUGAACAGAAAGUCUCAGCCCAGGAUGGGGCUUCUUCACAGGGCCCCUGCCCUCCUGAAGCCUCAGUCCUUCACCUUGCCAGGUGCCGUUUCUAUUCCGUGAAGGCCACUGCCCAGGCCCCCGGUGCGCCCCCUAGUGGCCAUAGCCUGGUUAAAGUUCCCCAGUGCCUCCUUGUGCAUAGACCUUCCUCUCCCACCCCCUUCUGCCCCCGGGUCCCCGGCCAUUCAGCGGGGCUGCCAGAGAACCCCAGACCCGCCCUUACAGUAGUGUAGAGCCCCCUCCCUCUUUCGGCUGGUGUAGAAUAGCCAGUAGUGUAGUACAGUGUGCUUUUACGUGAUGGCGGGUGGGCAGCGGGCGGCGGGCUCCGCGCAGCCGUCUGUCCUUGAUCUGCCCGCGGCGGCCCGUGUUGUGUUUUGUGCUGUGUCCACGCGCUAAGGCGACCCCCUCCCCCAUACUGACUCCUUCUAUAAGCGCUUCUCUUCGCAUAGUCACGUAGCUCCUACCCCACCCUCUUCCUGUGUCUCACGCAAGUUUUAUACUCUAAUAUUUAUAUGGCUUUUUUUCUUCGACAAAAAAAUAAUAAAAAGGUUUCUUCUGAAAGGC